AUGGGAGAUCCCGGGCUUGGUAAGCCAAGGGGUGCUGAUCGGAGCCAACGGUCGGUUCCAGUGCAGGGGUUGCAGUGUCGGUUCCGACGUGGUCUGCGGUGGCGCAGGGGAGAUCAGUGCAGCCGGAAAUGUCCUAUUUCCAACCUUAGUGUGGAGGAGUUGGCGGACCUGGAACGGUGGUUCUCUCAGGUGGUAGUGGUUCCAUUGGAGCGACUGGAGCAGGCCCGGACGGAGUGGGAGGGAAGGGUCGUCAUCGUGAGGAGUCUAGGGCGGCAUGUCCUAGCAGAGUUGGUUGCACGAGAUCUUCAAACCCGGAACAAGUUAAAGGCUCCGAUUGAAGCUUUCCCAAUGGCAAACGGGCUCAUGACCCUUCGGUUCGGCUCGGAGGAUGAUCGGGAGGUUACGAUGGGGGUUGGCCCGUGGUUGGUGGCGGGCCAGCUUUUGGCAAUGGAGAAGUGGCUGCCCGAUUUCAACCCGGGCACCCACAUUGUCAGUCGGACGGUGGUCUGGGUCCGGCUGCCUAAGCUCCCUAUGGAGUACUGGGAUAAGACGACUAUAAUGUCGAUACUUGCAGAGGCAGGGCAACCACUAAAUUUUAAUGGCUCUACUAGUGAACGCCGGUGCAUCGGCUAUGCCCAGACGAAGGUGGAGAUCAAUGUCCUCCUCCCUUUGGUACCCGGUGCCUUUGUCUUAGGGGGGAAGAAGAAGUUCUGGCAGGUCUUCGUCUACAAAGACCUGCUGGGGCUAGGCUUUCGGUGUGCUCGGUUGGGGCAUCAAGACGGAGAGUGCCCGCUUCACCGGGAGAAGGGCCGCGCGGCUGCCACAAUGACUGUCUAG